AUGCUGGGCAUCAGAUCUCUGUUACUUGGCGUGUUGUCGGCAUGGGUGGUCGCAGGGCAUAACCUUCGGGCGAACAACAUCAGCACAGGCUACCGGAUCGAUGUUCACUCUCAUGUCAUUCCUCCGGUUUGGAGAGAGGCCCUGAUUGCUGCUGGCUACCCUGUGAAAAAUGGAACGGUGUAUACUGACGGUUUCCCGGUGCCCGACUGGACGCUGGAAUCACACCUGGCCACGAUGGACACCUUGGGCAUCAACUUUUCGACCAUCAGCGUGAGUGCUCCUGGGGUCUACUUCCUCAAUGAUCCUAAGGAGGCACAUGCGCUCGCCCGCACCGUUAAUCUUGCCAUGCAUAAUUACACCCAGGCUCAUCCGACUCGACUGGGGGCGCUUUGUCUGUUGCCCCUUCCGCAUUUUUGCCUUGAUACACUCAAGUUCCCUGGUGUGGGCACCAACGCCAACGGUACCUACCUUGGCAACUCGACUCUUGGUCCCGUCUUUUCGGUCUUGAAUGAGCGACAGGCCACCGUAUUUGUCCAUCCGGCGGCUCCGGGAUGUCAGUCCGUGAGCUUGGGCUACCCGUUCCCUUUGACGGAGUACCCAUUCGACAGCGUGCGGGCGAUGGAGAAUCUGUUGUUGUCUGGCCAGCGCGCUAAGAACCCCGAUGUCAAGAUGAUAUUUGCCCACGGCGGGGGCGCAAUGCCCUAUCUGGCCAGCCGUUAUUACUUUGACACGGCCUCUGCCACCUCAGCAAUUCAACUCGCUGCCAUGAAAAGCUUCAUUGGGGUGGAACAGAUUCUGACUGGAACCGAUUACCCGUAUGUUCCCCUUUCACAGAGCGAGGCCGCGCUCCCUGCCAUUCAGGGCAACGGCGAAUUCACUGAUGCCGAGAUGGCGCGCAUGAACCACCAGAAUGCGCUUUCACUGUUUCCGCGGGUUGCCAAGGUGUUGGGCUAUUGGAGCUCCUGUAGUCCCGCACAGUACUGGAACUGUCUCUUUGUCGCCUAG